AUGUCACCAUCCACGUCAUCAUCCCUAUUGUGUUUUUCCGCUACUUUUUUGGAUAGAGAUGAUGAAGACCAUUACUAUCACGACAUAUAUGUUGUGGAUGUCUCAGGUCGACGUCGACGUGACAAUGAUAUUCCGUCAUUGACUCCCACGCUCCGGGUGAGCGGACAGCACUUUGGCGACAUGUCAUGUGUCACGAGUUCGGGAUUUUUUCUGUUCAACUCGAAUUUAAAUCUCUUCCUCUCGGGUAUGGAAGGUAAGGACGUGUCGAAAGAAUCUGCAGAUCCUCUUUGUGUCCGCAGAAUCAACAUCUCCAAAUACCACCACAGCAGCACCACCAACACCACUUCCCGCGAAGAAGUCCCAGUGACGGCUGAUCACACUAUGGUGGAGCAUGUGUGCCCAUUGAUUUCGAAAAAAAAGUACUUGCGAGUGCUCCCGACACCUGAUGGCAAGAUCAUCGCCUUCUCGACUACGAUCAGUCGCCCUGAACCCUCCACCACCACCACCACCACCACCACCAGCAGCGCACCACCUGUAGUGGAUUUUGAGCUCUACCACCCAGACAUGGAUAGAUGGGAGGCGCUACCCUCCAUCCCCCGCGGCCUGGAGAUCGAGCCAGGAAGCAGCAGCUUAUACAGCUGCAUUUCUCGCAUCGUCUUGUACUGGUUCAUGGGCGGGACGUCAAUCUUUGCAGUGAUGUGCGACGGUGGAUUUAUUUUUCAUCUCGACCUGACCGCAUCACACCGAUCAUGGACCUACAGUCCAUGGCCCAUCAGCGUGCGUACAAACCUCUCGUUUGGAGGCGGCAAGUACAUCUACAUCAGUGAUGAUUGGUGCUUGACUCAUCAUGGGGCCUGGCACUUAACUGGCCCCAUGCCUAGCGUUCCCAGGUGGCAGUUGGAGAAGUUGUCGGCGAAUAGAGAGGGAAAAAAAAUGAGAUUCGGGGUUCGGGACGUGGGCUCUGAGGGAUUGCCGACCUCCUUCUACAUUGUGGAGUCUACCUUUCUUGACAAUACGAUGACGGGGUGCAAGCUCAGCGUGUAUGAGUACACGUGCAACGUUCAUCCGUACCUGAAGAAGUUGUGCAAAGUGGAGGCUAAGCAAGAGGCUGUGACGGCCAAAAUCGAGAAACGUUAUGAGGUGGAGGAGAGAAAGGUGAGAGAAGCGCACAAAGGGGCAAUGGAGAUGAGGGAGGAGCUCUACAAGCUGAUGCAGUUACACGCAAUGCAGGAGUCUUGCGCACUGAUAAAACAAGUGCCGGAGCUAGACUGCAAAGUCUCCAGCUCUUUGGAGUUCCUCCUUGUCACCCCCCCAAGAGUGAAAGAAAGUUAA